AUGUGUGCAGCUAUUAUAACAAAAUCAUUUCAAAACUGUUCUGAAAGUGAAGUUCCAGGCUACAAUGACUGUCCUUCUUUCUUAUUCGACCUAGGUACUAAGAGAAACACUAUUAAAGACAAUAAAAUUAUUGAUAAUGUCCCAUACAUGUACGGCAAAAAAUUACAAGCUAAUGUGGUAGCUCCACCACCACCAAUGAAACGUAGAGUAAGUAGAAGAACUUCUUCCACUUCCUCUUUGGUUUCAUCAUCUUCUUCCGUUGAAUUUGAUCAUUUAUUAGCUAAGGAUGAAAUCUUAUCUAUGAUCAGCCAGUUAUUGAACACUCAAUCAAGAUUAUCUUCUAAAGAAUUCGAUUUCUACAGAAGAAAGAUCGACUCUAACAUCAGUGGCAGUUUAGAUCACGAAAGUACUAGACACAUCCUAACACAAUUCUUUACUGAAUCAAAGAGAAACAGAGCUAACGCUGAAACUCUACUCAGAAACUGGAUGAUUACUGACAUCACUAUUUCAAAUUGGUCUCCAGCUUUAUUGAAAGUUUUUGAAAACACUAUUGUAUAA